CAAAAGUCACUGGGCUUAGCUUCUCUUUUCUUAUCAUCAUGAAAAUGUACGCCAAUAUUGAUUCUGUCUUGGCCUAAGAAGGAAAAGAAAUAAAGCACCAACUGCAACAACAAUAACAAUCUGAAGCUGUUCAGAUCAUCAUCAUCAUGGCUGCCGGAGACAACUCCGUCCGCUCCCUCGAAUACACUCCCACUUGGGCCCUAGCCACCGUCUGCCUCUUCAUGGUCUCCGUUUCCAUUCUUCUCGAGCACUCCAUCCAUCUCCUCACCAACUGGCUCAAAAAACAUCGGAAGGUUGCCUUAAACGAUGCUGUGGACAGGAUUAAAUCUGAGCUGAUGCUACUAGGGUUCAUGUCACUUAUAUUAGCAGUGACACAAGUCCAAAUUUCAAAUAUCUGCAUAUCCACAAGGCUUGCAGAUAUCAUGCUUCCAUGUAGCAAACCUAAGAAUACUACUUCUACAACAACAGUUGUGGAGGAUUAUCAAGUCUAUAGUACUGUUUUUGGAGUUGUAGGACAUUUGUUACACGUCAAUGGUUUCUAUAAUAAUACUAACAACUCGUGGACACCACAUAGAGGAUUGGAUGAGGAAGAGAAGGUGCCCGUUAAUGAGACUGCAACUACUGAUUCUUGCGCUGAAGGAAAGGUACCUUUGGUGGCUCAAGAAGGGAUUCAACAGCUCCAAAUAUUCAUUUUUGUGCUAGCGGUUAUGCAAAUUGUUUACAGCCUUGUCACCAUGGGUCUGGGUAGGGCUAAGAUGAGGCGUUGGAAAGCUUGGGAAAAAGAGACUCAAACCACCGAGUACCAAGUUGCAAAUGACCCAAAUCGAUUUAGAUUCACAAGGCAAACAACAUUCGGAAGACGACACACAACCAUGUGCACUGAUACAUCAAUUUUCUUGUGGAUUAAAUGUUUUUUCAGACAAUUCUCUAAUUCAGUAGCCAAGGUUGACUACCUUACCUUGAGGCAUGGUUUCAUCGCGGCUCAUUUGUCGGCUAGGAACAAAGACUUCAAUUUUCAAAAGUACAUACAACGAUCCUUGGAGGAAGACUUUAAAGAAGUUGUCAGCAUCAGCCCUCUUAUGUGGUUUAUAGUUGUUAUCUUCAUGCUUGUGGAUGUUCAUGGUUGGAAUGUAUAUCUGUGGGUGUCUUAUGUUCCACUAUUGAUAGUGCUGUUAACUGGAACCAAACUUGAAGUCAUUGUUGCAAGGAUGGCUCUGCAAGUUAAUAAUCAGAACAAUGUAAUCAUAGGGACCCCUCUAGUUCAACCCAACGAUGAUCUCUUCUGGUUUGGGCGACCGAGUUUCGUUCUCACUCUUCUACAUUUGACCCUUUUUGUGAAUGCAUUUGAGCUUGCCUUCUUCAUUUGGGUGACGAUACAAUUUGGAGUGAAAUCUUGUUACCAUGAGCACACAGUGAUCAUUGUCACACGAGUGGUGUUAGCUGUGACAGUUCAGGUCCUUUGCAGCUACAUUACUCUGCCCCUAUAUGCACUUGUGACACAGAUGGGUUCACAGUUCAAAAGCAAGGCACUCGAGGAGCAAAUCGCGAAAAUUAUAAAGCAAUGGCAUGCUGAAGUGAGGGACAAGAGGAGAAGACAGGAACAAUCCUUCCAGUCUACUCCGCGGACUUCUUUGUCCGCAGAAUGGAGCCUCAGAAAUAGUCCCAUCGAUUAUUCUUCUCAUCACCGGCCCAUGAAUAAUGGGAUGCCAACUGAAAGCAAUCACUUGUCCAACAGAGGAGAAAUCACUGAAGAAGAACAAGUGGUGGACUCAUCUAGGGUUCCACCACGGACGGGCAUGCUCGAAUUGCCAACAGUGAGGAACUAAAAAUUAAGCAUAUUCAGUGGUGCUUUAUUCAUUUUUCUGAGGAAGUUUUGAGUUCCACACAGUAGUUCACUUUCACAUAUGUUUGUAUAUGUAAAACUGUCCAUAUUAUGGCAUGACUUGCUGACAUUUGUAACACAGCUGAAUCAAAAUUGGUUGUAGAAGGAUCAUGCUUACAUAUGAGAUUUUAAUGUUGUUCCCUGAGUGGACU